AUGAACAUUCUUCUUGGUAUCAUUUUGCUUUAUGCUCAUUUAGCUGACUCAGCAUUUGUUAAUAGAUGCUACGAAGAAGAUGACCCGAUGAAUAUAAAAAAUAAUUUUGAUUCUCAGCGGAGUGAAUUUGCAAUAAAAUACAAUAUUGCAAACAUGAAUGAGUUGCUAUACGAUCCAAAUCUCGAAAAAAUUGCUAGAAGUUUCAAGUCUUGUGAUGAUUUGAAGGACGGAUUCAACUACCAAAUUGCCGUUGCUUUAAAAGAAACAAAUGCAGUUUUUGAGCAAUUUCUGUUGGAAACUAAUCAAACAGAUAAAUUAGACCAAUAUGAGAAGAAUAAAGGUUUUGGGGAUUUCCAUCCACUGCAAACUGGUUUUAUCGCAUGUGAAAUGAGAGAUGGAUGUCCUCGAGGAUACAGCGGUCCAAUGAUUUAUAUGUUGAGUCCACGCGGAAAAAUCCGCAAAUCCGAAAUCAAAUAUGGAAAACCCGGAUCCGCAUGCACAAAUGGGACGACUAGUAAUCCUGGGGGGUUAUGUAAAGUGACAAUAGAUGAAGGACUUUGGCCAUUUCCGUAUUAUGAAGAUGAGGAGGCGGAAAUUGAUGAAUACCUGGAAUCUCGGAUGAAUACUACUGUAGCUGAAGUGGAAAUUACGGAGAGUGGAGCAGGAGGAUUGAACUUCUUUUGUGGUUUUACUGGUUUAGCUGUUGCGAUUCUUUUUAGAAGUUUAUUUGAGUAG